CAUCCCCAGUCUCCACCGCUUGCUUUUGUCCCAGUCACUCAUCCCAUCUCGGGCAGCACGCCACGCCUCUCACGACCGCGAGCCCGACAACGACGCGCACGAGCACGCCAAACGACCAGCAUAGACGCGCAACGCGCAACACUAUCAGCAGCAACAGGAACAGCUCCAGCACCGACCACCCCAUCUCCACCACCAUCCCACCACCACCAUGGGCCUCUCCCUCUCGAGGAUCUACUCGUCCCUCUCGUCCCUCGCGUUCUGGGGCAAGGACAAGGAGGUCCGCAUCCUCAUGGUCGGCCUCGACUCGGCAGGCAAGACAACGAUCUUGUACCGCUUGCAGAUUGGAGAGGUCGUCUCGACGAUCCCAACCAUCGGAUUCAACGUGGAGACGGUGCAGUACAAGAACAUCAACUUCCAGGUGUGGGAUCUUGGAGGACAGUCGAGCAUUCGACCAUACUGGCGAUGUUACUACGCCAACACGCAGGCAAUCAUCUACGUGAUCGACUCGGCCGACGCAGCGCGCCUGGCCACGUCGCGCUCAGAACUCUUGACAAUGCUCGCCGAGGAGGAGCUCAAAAACGUCCCCGUGCUCGUCUUUGCCAACAAGCAGGACGUCGCCGGCGCCCUGUCACCCGCCGACAUCUCGGACAAGCUCGGCCUCGCGGGCCAGGAGAAGGGGCGCGAGUGGAGCGUGCGCGGGUCGUGUGCAACCAAGGGCGAAGGGCUGGAGGAUGGGUUGGACUGGCUUGUCAGCAUAAUUCAGAAGUAACUACGGCUCCUUACCACUGCAUAAUUCUCUCUCUCCCUCUCGUGACGCGUUGGAUGACUCGGGCUCGCGCGCGCCGGUGUACGUGACCAUGGCCUAUGUAGGGCCGAUACAUAGUCUGCAGCAUAUCACAUGGCCUUUAGAUGCACC